AUGGGCAGUGUAUCUGAUUACCUUAAUCAACAUCAUUUGAGCUCCAAGCAAAAGAAGAGAAGGAGCACAACUCGGUUCUCAGCAUUAAGAUCAUCAACAACAAUUAUCGACGAGAACGAUUUCACGUCAUUAUCAAACAAUUUCCAGCAGUCCAAAGGCAACAAGAAUAGCAGACAAAACAACAAUCAAGUCAUUGGUAACGGUGAACACAGAAUUGCAAAGAAGAAACAUUUAUGGAAGAGAAUCGGGACAAACGAAGUGAUAUGCUAUAAAGAUAACAAUAAAAUCAGCAAACCUGUGGUUUCAUCCGAUGAGUCAAGCAUUAUUAACAACAAUAAAGACACCGGCAGCGAUAGCAGAGGAGAUUCCAAUGGAGAUAGGAAAAGGUUGAACACGAUUUGCAACGAUAAUAAUAAUUGCAACAAUAAAGAGGAUGACUCAGCAAUCAUAAGUUCCAAAACAAAAAAGAAGCAAGGGGAUGUUUCUGAAAAUGGUGAUUUGGAUAACGUUGAACAAAAUACGAAUAAUAAAAGCCAAAAAGUCAGAAACAAGACGCGUGAGCAGAAAAAGAGAGCUAUGCUAUUGUCGUCUGAUGACCCACUCACUAGGUUUAAACAGGAAGCAAAGGAGACCAAGUAUCUGACCAUACAAAUUAGCACGCGACCAAGUCCACCAAAUCGGUUUGGCAUUGUUCCAGGCUGGAGAUGGGAUGGUGUUGAUAGAUCAAAUGGGUUUGAGCUGAGGGUUUUGGGUGGAAAUGGGUGA